AUGUCUUUUUUCCUGAAUCAUUUAAAAUCACACACCAUAGUUACCUUGCCCGUUCCUGAGAAGAAAUUCACAGGGAAAACUAUUAUCGUUACUGGGAGUAAUAGUGGAUUGGGAUUGGAGGCGGCGAGGUGGUUUGUCCGUCUCGAUGCUCAAAAAGUCAUCCUCGCCGUGCGCUCCCUCUCAAAAGGUGAAGCUGCACGCCAAUCCAUCAUAGACAGUACCUCCUGCUCUCCAGACAUCCUCGAAGUAUGGAAUCUCGAUCUGUGUUCUCAAUCUUCUGUCAAAGAAUUUGCGCAUCGAGCAAAUGCGCUUCCGAGACUUGAUAUCUUGGUCUCGAACGCUGGAAUCUAUGUUUUCGAUUUUAAAAUCGUAGAGAGAAAUGAAGAGACGAUUUGUGUAAAUGUAGUUAACACUUUCUUAUUAGCGUUGCUUUUGUUGUCAAAAUUGAGGGAGACGAGUAUAGAAUUUGAUACGAGAGGGGUAAUGACGUUCACGGGAAGUUUCGUACAUCAUCUGACUACGUUCCCGGAACGGCGAGCAGGGAAUGUGUUUGAAGAGUUGAGGGUGGAAGAAAGAGCUGAUAUGAGAGAUCGAUAUAAUGUGAGUAAACUGAUCUCUCUGCUUUUUUCCCGAGAACUCGCGUUUGCUCUUCGCGAAUCGGAGACGCAGGGGAGGAGUGGACAUGUGGUUGUGAAUAUUGUUAAUCCAGGGUUGGUGGAUACGGAGAUUAUGAGGCAUGCGACAGGAGCUACAAAGCAUUUGGUUAGGGGGGCGAUGAAAUUGAUGGCGAGGAGUGUGGAGGAGGGGAGCAGGACGUUGGUGCAUGGUGCUGGGGGAGAGGAGGAAACAAAUGGGAUGUAUUUGGAUGAUUGUAAAAUUGGGAAGGUAUCAUCUUGGACAACAUCACUCGAUGGGAUAGCGACCCAAAAGGAUAUUUGGAUGGAGUUAUCGCAGGAGUUGGAAAAGAUAGAACCGGGGAUUAUGGGAAAUAUAUGA